CUUCCCCCAGAUUCCUCCAACUCAUGAAUGCACAGGUGUAUUUUUUUUUUAGCCCAUUUUUUGGAUAGUGAUAUAACAUUCAAUUUCUCCAGCCGACAAGAGGUUGCUGGAAUACAGAUGCUCGAGAUCAGUUAACAGAAUCUCACUGUUUUUCUGGUGGGAGGAAAAUGAAGGAUUAUUACUUCUUUCCCUUUUCAAUUAUCCCUUCUGCAAGAGCAAAUCAGGCCUUAAAUUGUUGCCAGCUUGGCCGAGGCAGAGUCAUAAUAGGCCUUUCUCGUCGCUGAAACGACCGCUGUUCAGGAGAAUCCGGCCCCGUCUGCCGGCACUGACGGGUCCCUGUCUUCUGGAGCCUGUUCUGCUCGGUCACGUGAGAUUGGGAGUUGCGGUCCCAGUUUCGCCCUGAAAUGGUCGCUGUACCCUUUGCCCUGGUCGGAGGAAGGGCUCGUUCCUCACUCAGGGACCACACAUGCAGGGGGUGACAGCCAGUUCCCAGGGGUGCAAAGUAUUUCGUGAGUUUAGCUUUCUGUGUGUCCUGCCAUGGGUGCCGUGGCCCUCCCUGCAGCCGCCCAGGCCUCCACGGGAGCUGGUGAAGAGUGUGGUGUCCGGGGCUCUCCAGGGGAUUCUGGUGCUCAUGGUCGAUGGACCAGGCAGGAGGCACCGUCACCUGCAGUCAUCUGAGUGACGAUUUCCAGAUCUGCUCAUUCCGUGACACGUUCUGUGUCCGGACGGUCCCCGUCACGGUCCACCCGGAUAGACUGCUGGGUCCCUGGGAGCUGAUCUUGGUCCUGAGGAUGGUGGCUGAAAAGCCACCCCCCGACUUCCCUGAGGGACGAGGUGUAAACCCCCGGCCGGGAGAGCCACCGUCUCUCGGCCCGUUCACCUCGCGGGUGGUUCGGGGACCGCCGGCUUCAGGGGUCCCGACGACGGUGUCACACCUGCACUGGCCCCUGCCUUGUGUUGGCUCCGGCCCUGUGGUGCUGCCGGUGAUCUCGAGGUCCCAGUGCUAACAGGGCAGGCCCCAGCAGGCCUCCGGGUGGCCCUGCCCCGCCCUGGCCACCGAGUCCGAGGGAACGUGGCGCUCUGUGGGUCAGGCCCGGGUCCCACAGCCCCAGGGAGAGUGAGGCGCAGGGCGCUGUGCGUGUCGGGCUGGGGUCUGUCGCCCCGGGGAGAACGAGGCGCAACUGAGUCGCUGUUCCUGAGAGAAAGGGGAUGUGGACGUUACAUGGUCACGAGCGACAGCCUCCGUUUCCGGAAUGGAAGUGAAGUAUCCUUCGGCUCAAAGAACCUUCCCUGGCUCGGGGGCUAACCGGAAAAGCGAGCGUCCCCUCUCAUCCCGAAGGCCCGGCGGGGAGGCUGCUUCGCCAGGCCGCCGACACCCGGCCCCUGGACUGUUGCUUGGAGCUUCGCCACCUCAGCGUGGUCACCUGCGGUUCCCCUGAGGGGCCGGAGACCCCGAUUCUUAAUCCAGUCAUGGCCCCCAGUUUCCUGAACCUGAGGCUCCGGAGGAGGAAAUGAUCAUUCGGAGAGCGAGCGGAAACCGAUCGCCGGCAGGAACCGAGCCUUCGUAGGGCUUGCCGAGGACAGGCCCGGCGUCGGCAGCAGGAGCGGGUGAAGAUGACGACUUCGUCCAUCCGGCGGCAGAUGAAGAACCUCGUGAACAACUACUCGGAGGCCGAGAUCAAGGUGCGCGAGGCCACCUCCAACGACCCCUGGGGCCCGUCCAGCUCGCUGAUGACCGAGAUAGCCGACCUCACCUACAACGUGGUGGCCUUCUCGGAGAUCAUGAGCAUGGUGUGGCGGCGGCUCAACGACCACGGCAAGAACUGGCGGCACGUGUACAAGGCGCUGACGCUGCUGGACUACCUCAUCAAGACGGGUUCCGAGCGUGUGGCCCAGCAGUGCCGCGAGAACAUCUUCGCCAUCCAGACGCUGAAGGACUUCCAGUACGUGGACCGCGACGGCAAGGACCAGGGCAUCAACGUGCGCGAGAAGUCCAAGCAGCUGGUGGCCCUGCUCAAGGACGAGGAGCGGCUGAAGGUCGAGCGGGUCCAGGCCCUGAAGACCAAGGAGCGCAUGGCCCAGGUGGCCACCGGCGUGGGCAGCAGCCAGGCCACCUUCGGCCGCGGCUCCAGCCAGCCCAACCUCUCCACCAGCUACUCGGAGCAGGAGUACGGCAAGGCUGGGGGCUCGCCGGCCUCCUACCAUGGCUCGCCCGAGGCCUCGCUGUGCCCCCAGCACCGUGCAGGGGCCCCGCUGGGUCAGAGUGACGAGCUGCAGCCGCUGAGCCAGCGCCCCUGCCUGCCACACCCGGGGCCGGCCGCCCGCCCAAACGGCGACUGGUCCCCCUGCCUCACGUGUGACCGCGCAGCCCGAGCCACUUCCCCGCGGGUGUCCUCCGAGCUGGAGCAGGCCCGGCCCCAGACCAGCGGCGAGGAGGAACUGCAGCUGCAGCUGGCGCUGGCCAUGAGCAGAGAAGUGGCUGAGCAGGAGGAGCGCCUGCGGCGGGGUGACGCCCUGAGGUUGCAGAUGGCCCUUGAAGAAAGCCGGAGGGACACGGUCAAGGUUCCCAAGAAGAAAGAGCACAGCUCCCGCCCGCAGCAGACCUCCCUGGUGGAUCUGAUGGACGCUCUCCCCGGUGCGGGCCCUGCUGCCCAGAAAGCAGAGCCCUGGGGCCCGUCGUCCUCCGCGGCGAACCAGACCAACCCCUGGGGCGGGCCAGCGGCCCCGGCCAGCUCUUCGGACCCCUGGCCGUCGUUCGGUGCCAAGCCCACCACCGCCGUCGAUCCCUGGGGAGUGCCUACCGGAGCCAGCACGCAUUCUGUCCCCAGGAGCUCGGACCCCUGGGCAGCGCUGCCGCAGCCCGCCCCCGGGGCUGGGAAGGCAACUUCCGACGCCUGGGGCUCCACGUCGGCCGCCAAGCCUGUGUCGGCCUCUGGGUCCUUUGAUCUCUUCAGUAACCUGAACGGCUCCGCCAAGGACGACUUCUCGGAAUUUGACACCCUCCGCGCCCCGAGGAAAGCAGAGUCCCUGGCCGCUCUGCCGUCCCCCAGCCACGGGGCCUCCGUGCCUGAGCCCUUCGACUCCCAGCCUCUGGCCGUCACCGCGAGCAAGUCCAGCCGGGCCCGGAGGACACCCGAGUCCUUCCUGGGCCCCAACGCGGCCCUGGUGAACCUGGACUCGCUGGUGACCAAGCCGGCCCCGCCCGCCCCAUCCCUCAACCCCUUCCUGGCCCCAGGCUCUGCCGCGGCCUCGGCCCCUGCCAACCCCUUCCAGGUGAGCCAGCCCCAGCCGCCGACGCUGAACCAGCUGCGGGGGAGCCCUGUCCUCGGCCUGAGCGCGUCCUUCGGGCCCAGCCCGGGCGUGGAGCCCAUGGCCGUGGCCUCCGUGGCCCCACACCCGGCCCUGGGUGGCAGCAGCUCCGCCCUGACGCCACUGGGCCCCGCGGCCAUGAACAUCCCCCCGUCAGCACAGGCCAGCGGCACAACCAACCCUUUCCUCCUCUAGUGCCCGGGCCCCGUCCCCACCGAGCGCCGGAGGCUGUGCCGGAGGACGGGAUGGGGACUCCUGUUUGGUGGAACGGUGUCCGGCGGAGUGGGGGAUGGCAGGGUACCCCAGCUCCGCCUUGGGGCCUCUCCAGCCCCGGCCCGCUCGGCUCCACCUCUGGGGCCUGCACCGUGCAGGAGGGGCCUGGCCCAGUGGCCCCCGAACAAGGCGGCCGGCGCCAGUGGUGCUGCCCCAGUGUCCCUACCGUGGCCUUGUCCCCGCGCCCCCACCCUCAGCGGCCCGGCAGGCCCAGGAGGGGGACGGAGGCCUGGGCCGGCGCCCCCAGGCACUGAGCUUUUGGGGAGCGGUUGUGCACGUUAUCUUCCUUUGUCUCAUGCGUGAGUACAAAGUAAACACAAACACAACUGCCCAGGGACAACUCUUGAAUUAAAUCCACUAGAGCGAGCUUUAAAACUAAUCUGAGCAUAACCCUCCACGUGGCUAUAUGCUUGUAUCCGUUUGCACAUAUUUUGUUUAGUACAGUUUCAUAUUUGAGUUUGCAGAAUUACCUAAUAGUCUUUUUUUGGCUAAUAUUUUUAUAAUGUGGUUCUUAUUUAAUUGUCUAGUUUUGAUAGAAUUUACCAGGUCUGGCUGAAUUAAGAUAUUGGCACGUGUCAUUUUAGUGGUUUAAAUUCUCUUAUUUAUGGUUUUAACUCUAAGAAGAUUUAAAAAGGAAGAGAUGUUGGGAUGACAAAAAAAAAAGCCUUAUGGAAAAAUGAAAGCAAAUUCUUGUGACUUUAUAAGAAAAAAUAUUGGAAAUUUAAUUACACAUAAAAGAU